GGCGGAUCUGCCUCCACCCGCGCCGCGGUGUCUCUUCAGCAGGGCCACUGGGGAGGACGCGCAGCCGAGCGCUGUGGUGUGGGACCGCUCGGACCGGAGAGGUUUGGAAAAGCCUGUUGACCUGGAAAUCAGCAAGAUCUGAUCCAAAAUAGGACAUAAAUGUAUUCAAGCCAGCUCAAGAAAGCAGGAAGUGAGAAGAGAGUUACAGAUUGGUUGUGUCAAGGGAUGAAGAGCUGCUGAGUGUAUCCACCAAUCUGAUUGACUUUUUCAGGGAAGCUGAGUCAUCUGCCUCCAAAAUGUCUUCAGAAAGUAAAGAGCAACAUGACCUUUCACCUGAGGACUCUGCUGAAGGAAGUGAUGAUUUUCCAUCUGGGAUCCAUCUGGAGCCUCAAAAGAAAUCAAGUACUGACUUAAGGCAAUUUGAAACCAAUGAUCAAUGUAGACAUUAUUCUAGGAUUCAUUUAGAAUGUCAAGAGAAAGUAAAUACUAACUUCAAGAAGUUUGUCAUCACAAAGCUGCAGAAGAGUUGCCAGUGCAGCCCAACCAAAGCCAAAAAUGUGAUUUUGGGUUCCCUUCCUGUUUUGCAGUGGCUCCCAAAAUAUGAUCUAAAGAAGAAUAUUUUAGGAGAUUUGAUGUCAGGCUUGAUUGUGGGCAUCUUAUUAGUGCCCCAGUCCAUUGCUUAUUCCCUGUUGGCUGGCCAAGAACCUAUCUAUGGUCUGUACACAUCCUUUUUUGCCAGCAUCAUUUAUUUCCUAUUGGGUACCUCCCGUCACAUCUCUGUGGGCAUUUUUGGAAUACUGUGCCUUAUGAUUGGUGAGGUAGUCGACCGAGAACUACACAGAGCUGGCUAUGACACUGCCCAUGUUGCUGCUUUAGGAGUGGUUUCAAAUGGGACCACGUCAUUAAAUCAGACAUCAGACAUGAUAUGUGACAAAAGUUGCUAUGCAAUUAUGGUUGGCAGCACUGUAACCUUUAUGGCUGGAGUUUAUCAGGUAGCCAUGGGCUUCUUUCAAGUGGGCUUUGUUUCUGUCUACCUCUCAGAUGCCUUGCUGAGUGGAUUUGUCACCGGCGCCUCCUUCACUAUUCUUACGUCUCAGGCCAAGUAUCUCCUUGGGCUAAGCCUUCCUCGGAGUAGUGGCGUGGGCUCACUCAUCACUACCUGGAUACAUAUCUUCAGAAACAUCCAUAAGACCAAUCUCUGUGAUCUCAUCACCAGCCUCUUGUGCCUUUUGGUUCUUGUGCCAACCAAAGAACUCAAUGAGCACUUCAAGUCCAAGCUUAAGGCACCGAUUCCUACUGAACUUAUUGUUGUUGUAGCAGCCACAUUAGCCUCUCAUUUUGGAAAACUAAAUGAAAAGUAUAACUCCAGUAUUGCUGGACAUAUUCCCACUGGGUUUUUGCCACCCAAAGCACCAGACUGGAACCUAAUUCCUAAUGUAGCUGUAGAUGCAAUAGCUAUCUCUAUCAUUGGUUUUGCUAUCACCGUGUCACUUUCUGAGAUGUUUGCCAAGAAACAUGGUUAUGCAGUCAGAGCGAAUCAGGAGAUGUAUGCCAUCGGCUUUUGCAAUAUCAUCCCUUCCUUCUUCCACUGUUUUACUACCAGUGCAGCUCUUGCAAAGACAUUAGUUAAAGAAUCAACAGGCUGUCAAACUCAGCUUUCCGGUGUGGUGACAGCCCUGGUUCUUUUAUUGGUCCUUCUGGUGAUAGCACCUUUAUUCUAUUCCCUUCAGAAAAGUGUCCUUGGUGUGAUCACAAUUGUAAACCUCCGGGGAGCCCUACGUAAGUUUGGGGAUCUGCCCAAGAUGUGGAGGGUUAGUAGAAUGGAUACAGUCAUCUGGUUUGUUACUAUGUUGUCCUCGGCACUGCUAAGUACCGAAAUAGGCCUGCUUGUUGGGGUUUGUUUUUCUAUGUUUUGUGUCAUCCUCCGUACUCAGAAGCCAAAGAAUUCAUUGCUUGGCUUGGUGGAAGAGACUGAAACCUUUGAAUCCAUGUCUGUUUACAAGAACCUUCAGACUAAGCCUGGCAUCAAGAUUUUCCGCUUUGCAGCCCCUCUCUACUACAUAAACAAAGAAUGCUUUAAAUCUGCUUUAUAUAAAAAAACUGUCAACCCUGUCUUAGUAAAAGCAGCUCAGAGAAAGGCAGCAAAGAGAAAGAUGAAAGAGGAAAUAGUGACUUUCAGUGGAAUCCAGGAUGAAGUUUCAGUGCAACUUUCCCACAAUCCCUUGGAGCUGCAUACUAUAGUCAUUGACUGCAGUGCAAUACAGUUUUUAGAUACGGCAGGGAUCCAAACACUGAAAGAAGUUCGCAGAGAUUAUGAAGCCAUUGGAAUCCAGGUUCUGCUGGCUCAAUGUAAUCCGUCUGUGAGGGAUUCUCUGAUCAGGGGAGAAUACGGCAAAAAGGAAGAAGAAAACCUUCUCUUCUAUAGUGUGUAUGAAGCGAUGGCUUUUGCAGUAGAAUCUCAAAAUCAGAAAGGAAUAUGUGUUCUCAAUGGUCUGAGUCUUUCUAAUGAUUGAUGGAAAAGUAGAAUGGAACAAUAAUGUUUAGCUAAUAGGUUAAAAUUACAAGUGUACAACAUUUUCCACUUCUACUUGUACAUUUGAAAUUUUAACCUGUUGGCUAAACAUUGUUCUUCUUUGGAAGCUAAUGGCCUUUGUAUAUACCCAAUUGCCACAGAGCUUAAAGUUAGACAGAAUCAAAAAGAAGAAAAUAUUAUGGGUUCAAGCUUUCUUGCAGAUAUGAAGCAUUCAACUGUAAAGUAGCUCCAAGACUUAAUUACCAUCCUGACUAUAGAUUUGGACUCUUCCUUCUCUAAGAAGUUGAGGGAUGAAGUUGGGAUCUUAAAGUGGUUCUUUACAUGGCUCUCCAGAUUUGGAGGGAAAGGAGCCAGGGAAAGAGUGUUGUACCUGCUCUUGUACUAGCAAGCCAAGAGGCUUCUGGAGCAUAAGGUCAUAACUAGACAAGUUUGUUCUUACUGAUGAUGCUUCUUUAUUCCCAGUCUUUGCUACCUGGUUGGCAGUAGGACCUCUGGCAGUUAUAGUUAGUAGGAAAGCACCAUUCCUUUCUUAUGGGCAGAGUGUCAUCAGGAAUCCAAUGGCUGGAGCAGGUUUGUAAUAUCCUAACAGCCAGCCUGACAUGGUCAGAACACUUUUUGUAAUAUGUACAUUUGAAGUUUUUACUUAAACCUUUUUGUUUGGGGUAAACAGGUAAGCAAAAGAGCUCUUCAACAUUGGAAAAAACAAUGGGAAUUUUCCCUUGUCUUUUCUGUGAUCUCAAUCUGUCCUUGCUUUUGAGAAUUUCUCUUCCUUUUAGCUCUAUUUUAGUCACCCUAGUGUGUUUCCCAUGGAAUCUGUCCUAAACUGGUAUUUUUGAUUUUCAGUGACAGUCUUGCCAGUCAGCAAUUUCCUACAGCAUUUUAAAUGAACUUGAGGCAAACUGUCAAGGACAGAUUGCAAAAAGGAAUGAUUGAUAGUUUACUUUAAAAUUGGUUUACUUGGCUCGGCACCUGUAGCACAGUGGUUACAGCACCAGCCACAUACACUGAGGCUGGUGGGUUCAAACUGGGCCCAGACCAGCUAAACAACAAUGACAACUACAACAAAAGAUAGGCGGGCGUUGUGGUGGGUGCCUGUAGUCCCAGCUACUUGGGAGGCUGAGGCAAGAGAAUCUCUUAAGCCCAAGAGUUUGAGGUUGCUGUCAGCUGUGAUGCCUCAGCACUCUACUGAGGGUGACAUAGUGAGACUCUGUCUCCAAAAAAAAAAAAAAGAAAGAAUUGGUUUAUUUCACAGUGAAUUAGGAUUUUUUUCCCUCCUGAUGGCAUAGCAAGGAUCUGCUGGGGAUUGGUAUUGGAAACUGCUAUUCAUCUUUAUUCUGCAAGAAAAUGUUAUUGUAACCAAUGGAAAAGCAUGCACAGAAGUGAUAAGGUGCUUCCAAAAGGAUAUCAAUAAUUAAUUGGUAGAUGUUUUAGUGAAAACAAAGCUGAUGCUUACUGCCAUGCACCUUAUUGAUGUACAGUAAAUAUUGAUGACGGUGACAGCUUUUAACUAUUCAAGUAACCUAAAAUUAUUAUGCAAGAGGAUUUAGAAGUAUCACGUUCAUAAAACCUAAGUUCUUUGGGUGUAUUGUUUACUAUAGACAACGCUAGAUCGUGAAUGGAGGAACAGUUUCUUCUGAAAAGCAAGAAUAUUCGACAUUGAAAGCUUGCAGUUCCAUAUUUGUACCUGUUUGAAAAAACAAGUUCUCUGAAGUCAGGAAUAGGGGACUAAUUUAUGAAACAUUUAGCCAAAUCUUUUUUUUUAAAUGAACAAAAUAAUAAUUAUAAAAGUACAAAAUUAUUUUUUAAACUGUCUCUAUAUUCUAAACAAUUUUAAAUAUUUAUGCGAAGCAAUCUAUGUGUAGGAAUCUAUUGGAGUAGGGCUCUUUUAAACAUAUUAAAUAUGUACGUGUUUAGUAUGUAUAUUUAAAAUGUGUGUAUAUUUAAUUAUAUCUAUGUUUAUGUGUAGAAAUAUGUGAUUUUUUCUUGUUGGCUCCCUAGACUGCCGGUGUAGCUUUUCUACUGGUAGAAUGCCCCCAUUAGUUUACAUGAAAAAUCCCUUUCCAUUAUCACAACCAAGCAGUUUCUCAGUAGAAAAUCUGGAUUUCUGUCUUUUAUAUGAUUGACACGAUUCAUAUAAAAGUAUCCUGAAUGUAAUAGUAUCUUGAAUUUUAGCAUCCUUUUAGAACUUAGGUCUAGCAUUUCAGAAAUGAAAAGUGCUUCUUUUUUUUUUUUUUUGAGACAGAGUCUCACUUUGUCACCCUUGGUAGAGUGUCACCCUUUGUCAUCAUAGCUCAGAGAAACCUCAAACUCUUGGGCUCAAGCAAUCUUCUUGCCUCAGUUUUUCAUCUUUAGUAGAGACAGCGUCUCCCUCUUGCUCAGGUUGGUCUCAAACUCUUGACCUCAAGCGAUCCACCCACCUAAGCCUCCCAGAGUGUUAGGGUUGCAGGCAUGAGGCACUGCGCCUGGCAAGUGCCUCUCAUAUCUGUGUUUUUUUGCUUGUUUCUAGCCAGUAUCUGCCCUUUCUAUCCAGCCUUAUGAAUAAUAAUAGCAAAAUCACUAUUUCUUGGUCAUUUGUUUUUAAUCCUUCUCUCCCUUCUUUCAAGUCAGGUUUUUUUUUUUUUUAUUGCUGAUAAUUGAAAAUAAUCAAAUCUGGAAUGAAAGCCUGAUUCACCAACCAAAAACUCAUCUUUUGUUUGCUUUUUUUUUUGAGACAGAGUCUCACUUUGUCUCGCUGGAUAGACAAACUCUUAGGCUCAAGACAUCCUCUUGCCUCAGCUUCCCAAGUAGCUGGGAGUACAGGCGUACACCACAAAGCCUGGCUAUUUUUUAGAGAUGGGGAAGUCUCGCUCUUGCUCAGGCUGGUCUCAAACUCCUGAGCUCAAGCAAUCCACCUGCCUUAGCCUCCCAGAGUGUUAGGAUUACAGGUGUGAGCCACUGUGACUGGUCUUCAUUUUCUUUCUUGACCAAAGGCUUGGACUUUAGCUCAUUAGGUGAUGUUUAUAAACACUAUAAUGAGGCCAGGUGAGGUGGCUCACGCCUGCACGCUGAGAGGCUAAGGCAGGUGGAUUGCAUUUCCUGAGCUCAUGGGUUCCAGACCAGCCUGAGCAAGAGUGAGACCUGUCUCUGGGCAGGUGUUGUGAUGGGCUCCUAUAUUCCCAGCUACUUGGGAAACUGAGGCAAGAGAAUCACUUGAGCCCAAGAGUUUGAGGUUGCUGCGAGCUAUGAUGCCAUGGCACUCACUUUGUCACCCAGGCUAGAGUGCAAUGGCUUCAUCAUAGCUCACUGCAACCUCAGACUCUUGGUCAAGUAAUCCUCCUGCCUUAGCCUCCCAAGUAGCUGGUACUAUGGGCACACCUGGCUAAUUUUUCGUUUUUUGUUUUUUUGUGCAGAUGGAAUCUUGAUAUUUCUCAGGCUGGUCUUGAACUCCUAGCACUUCUCCUGCCUCAACCUCCCAUAUGUAUAUUCUUUCUUUUUUUUUUUUUUUUUUGUAGAGACAGAGUCUCACUUUACCACCCUCGGUAGAGUGCCAUGGCGUCACAGGACUCACAGCAACCUCCAGUUCUUGGGUUUACGCGAUUCUCCCGCCUCAGCCUCUCGAGCAGCUGGGACUACAGGCGCCCGCCACAACGCCCGGCUAUUUUUUUGUUGCAGUUUGGCCGGGGCUGGGUUCGAACACACCACCCUCGGUAUAUGGGGCCGGCGCCCUACUCACUGAGCCACAGGCGCUGCCCCCAUAUGUAUAUUCUUGACGGCUAACACUUUUACAACUUUAAAAAGUUUUUUAUGACUGAGGUAGUGGAGUGUACCACUGCACAGGUAGACUAAGGAAAACUUUUAGGGAAUAGACCAUUGAAAAGACUAUAUCUGAGUAAUGGAGGGAGAAAAGAAGGGCACACAGCUGAAUAGAAUCCUGAUUCACUCCACACAAUAGUAGGGUAGUCAGAAUUAGAAGCCACACCUCUAUUUUAGAGCAAGGUCAGAAUUUGCUUCUCUUUCUGUAAGGGUGGGGGAGUCUCAGCUUUAUCAAAGCUGAAAGAACUGAGGAGCACAUGGUAGUCAAGGUUGUGGCAAAAGACUGGGCUUACCUACUCUGGGGUGUUGUAUCUUCCAUCUAAACUGAGUGACUGGGUCAGGCACAGUGCUACAUCUGUAUUUGCAGUUACUCCAGAGGCAUGGAGGAGAGUCCAGGAAUUUGAGACCAGCCUGGCAACAUAGUGAGGCUCUCUUCUCUAAAAGAAACAAAAAAAUUUAAAAUCUUAGGUCUAAAUUGAGUGACUGUAACACUAUUUGUGCCUCUGAUGGUAGUAAAACUGACAGAUAGGCUCAGCGCCUGUAGCUCAGCAGCUAGGGUGCUGGCCAUAUACACUGGGGCUGGCAGGUUCGAACCCAGCCUGGGCCUGCCAAACAACAAUAACAACUACAACAAAAAAAAAACAGCCAGGCAUUGUGGUGGAUGCCUGUAGUCCCAGCUACUUGGGAGGCUGAAACAAGAGAAUCACUUAAGCCCAAGAGUUUGAGGUUGCUGUGAGCUGUGACAGUACAGCACUCUAUAGAGGGUGACAUAGUGAAACUCUGUCUCAAAAAAAAACAAAAACAAAAAAAACCCUGACAGACAUGUACUUGAUUUUUUUUUAAAAUAAGACCAAAGGAAAACAAUGUAAUGGAGUUUUUUUUUUUUUUUUUUAAAGACAAAGUCUCUGUCGCCCUCGAUAGGGUGCUCUGGUGUCACAGCUCACCGCAACCUCCAAUUCUUGGGCUUAGGCAAUCCUCUUGCCUCAGCCUCCCGAGUAUCUGGGACUACAGGCACCCACCACAAUGCCUGGCUAUUUUUUGUUGCAGCUUGGCCGGAGCUGGGUUCAAACCUGCCACUCUAGGUACAUAGGGCUGGCACCCUACCCACUGAGCCACAGGCACUGCCCAUAGGUAACUGAGGUUUUAAACAAUAGUAAACAUCAAAGUCAAAAUUUGUUAAAUUUCAUAUGGUAAAUGGUAAACUUUAAAAAUGUAUCAGCCUGUUAGAUGAGUUCAUUAGACUAUUCUAAUGGCAGUGACUACAUUUUAAUAAGAACAAGAAGGAGAAGUAUUCUCUUAGUAAUUUGUCAUUUAAGAACAGUGUCAGGGGUGGGCCUUGAUCUUUAUAUAAAAGAAAAAGGCUGCAUUGCCUUUCUUGAGAAUUUAAAUUGAGUCUUGAAGUUACAGUGAUAAGCUGGAGCUCUGUGACCCUUGUUAAUGUUCUUAAUGGAUUAUUUUCCUCUAUAUAGUAUUACAGAUAAUGAGUCAUGGGUCUCUUUGAAUCAGUGUAGACAUUACGUCAAUUACUUCUGAGGACCUGUCCUGAGUCCAGGAUCCCUGGCAUGGUGCUGGGGCUAUGGUACUAAACCCAGGAGAUGGGCUAUUAAUAAUUCUCCCAGUGAGUACACUGGGACACUUAGGGAAGUGCUUUGUAGAGAGUGUUGAGUUGAACCUUGAACCUUGACUACAGUCUGAGCAGGGGACAGUGAUGCCCAGGGUCUAUCCAGGGAAAGAUUCUACAGUGAAAUGGUAAAAGUUCACUUGAUGAGAUUUAGAUUUUGCUUAAUUUUUCUGUUCUUUAGUGUUUAUUCCUCCUUCCCCCUCCCAGUAUUUUCUUUACUUAUUCUAUUGAUGCCUUAUUUGACACUGGGCUUAAACUACAAAAAGAAUGAAGUUGAAUCUAGAAAGCUGUUAGGCUCUGAACUAAUUUGUUUUUAGUUUUUUAAAAAAUAAUGUUUUAGAUAAUUCUGAAUAGAAUCAUUAAUUUGGGUGCUAAUUACAAGAAUGAAAAUUAUAGUGGAAUGGGUGGCGCCUGUGGCUCAAGGAGUAGGGCGCCAGCCCCAUAUAGUGGGGGUGGCGGGUUCAAGCCCGGCCCCUGCCAAAAACUGCAAAAAAAAAAAAAAAAUUAUUGUGGAACAAAGUAAUAUACCAGCUGGUUUGUUAUAGCCUAUAAUGUAUGUUAAAGGUAAAUUUUUAAGGUUUUUAAAACAAUUUUGGUAAUUAUAAGGAUGGUGAUUUAGAUGUGGGAAUGGGGGAGAUUUAUCUUUAUAAUGGAAUUUUUUUCCUGAUCAGAAGUUUUUUAUAUACACAAAUUACAACUGAAAUUUAAAAGUAAAAUGUUAGGCUCGGCACCCAUAGCUCAGUGAGUAGGGUGCCAGCCACAUACACCGAGGCUGGCGGUUUUGAGCCCGGCCCAGACCAAAAAAUAGCCGGGCGUUAUGUCAGGUGCCUGUAGUCCAGGCUACUCGGGAGGCUGAGGCAAGAGAAUCACGUAAGCCUAAAGAGUUGGAGGUUGCUGUGAGCUGUGUGACGCCACGGCACUCUAUGGAGGGCGACAUAGUGAGACUCUGUCUAAAAAAAUAAAUACAUAAAUAAACAUUAUACUAAAUAGUUGAUUUUUUUUGGUGUAUUUCAUUUUUUAUCUUAAUGAAUUUUGAAAACUGGAAAAAUUAAGGAUACUAAAUGCCUUAUUGGAGAUAUUGUGUGCGUAAACCUUCAAAUAAGCAGCCCAAGCUAGAAAGGUCUUUUAGCUGAAGUUUUUUUUUGAGAACAUACCCUCACUUUUGUCUCCCUUGGUAGAAUGCUGUGGCAUCAUAGUUCACAGCAACCUCAAAUUCUUGGGCACAAGUGAUUCUCCUGCCCCAGCCUCCCAAGUAGCUGGGACUACAGGUGCCUGCCACAUUGCCUGGCUGGUUUUUAGAGACAAGGUCUUGCUGUGGCUAAGGCUGGUCUCCAACUCCUGAGCUCAAGCAGUCCACCCGCCUCAUCCUUCAAGGGUGCUAGGUGUGAGCCACCGCAUCUGGCUGGUUAACUAAAGCUUUAAUAAACUCUUUUGGGAAGUUUUUUUCCCUGACCCCAUACACCAUCCCUGAAAUAAUAAUUUGGUUGGAAUCAAACAGCUGUUGCGUUUUCAAUGCCAAAUCAGUGGAGAAAUGCCUUGAUGUUCUUUCCCCCUCAGAAAUGAGUACUUGUGAAUACUUUAUUUUGGGUUCUCUUUUGCAACUUUGUAUACAAAUCAAGACAAUAUCAGGGUGACAAGUGGAUGAAUUUAGAUUUUCAGUCCUGUCUGCUCACCAAAGAAGUAUACUGCCUUUUAGAAAAUUAUUCAAGUCUGAUCACUUUUAGGGACCUGUUUUAUAUUAUAUUUUUUAAUUAAACCAAGUGCCUUGAUGUUAUUUCCUGUAAACUGUAGCAUAACCCUCUUGUGAGAAUGGAUUGCGACCUACUGGAGAGGAAGUGGAGUUGGUUAAUAGCAGAUCCUUUUCUGGAAUAAUAUGUUUGUGCUGUUGAUUAUGUAAGAUUCUAUAAGUGUGUUGAGACCUAGAGGUGCCAUUUCUUUUGUCUGCUAAUAAAUUGUUACUAUAAUAAAAUA